CUCUCUCUCUCUCUCUCUCUCUCUCUGCCCCCCUUCUCUCCCCCCUCCCUCCCUCUCCCCAGACUCUGUACACACACAUUGUGACCGACAUCAAGAAUAUUAACGCGAAGCACAAAAACAACAAACUGAACACAACUUUGCAGAACUUCAUGUACACCAUGCUGAGGGACUCGAACCCCAUCGCCGCCAAGAUUUCCCUAGACGUGAUGAUCGAUCUGUACAAGAGAAAUAUCUGGAACGACGCCAAAACUGUGAACGUCAUCACCACAGCCUGUUUCUCCAAAGUCACAAAGAUCCUGGUCGGUUCGUUGACGUUCUUCCUCGGGACAGAUGACGAGGACAAGAAGGACAGCGACUCCGAUUCAGAGGACGAAGGACCGACAGCCAGAGAUUUGAUGGUUCGCUAUUCAACAGGAAAGAAAACAUCCAAAAACAAGAAGAAGAUGGAAAAAGCCAUGAAAGUCCUGAAGAAACACAAGAAGAAGAAAAAAGCUGAGGUCUUUAAUUUCUCAGCCAUCCACCUCAUCCACGAUCCGCAGGAUUUUGCCGAGAAGCUCCUGAAGCAGCUGGAGGGUUCGAAAGAGCGCUUCGAGGUGAAGAUCAUGCUGAUGGAGCUCAUCUCCAGACUGGUGGGAAUUCAUGAGCUUUUCCUCUUCAACUUUUACCCGUUUGUCCAGCGAUUCCUCCAGCCUCAUCAAAGAGAAGUGACGAAGAUCCUCCUGUGUGCCGCUCAGGCGUCCCACCAGCUCGUCCCUCCUGAGAUCAUUGAGCCGGUGGUCACGACCAUCGCCAACAACUUUGUCACAGACAGGAACUCAGGCGAGGUGAUGACGGUCGGUAUUAACGCUAUCAAGGAAAUCGUAGCUCGUUGUCCUCUCUCCAUGUCUGAAGACCUGCUCCAGGAUCUCACCCAGUACAAAUCUCACAAAGACAAGAACGUGGUGAUGUCUUCCAAAGGACUGAUUCAUCUCUUCAGAGAUCUCAAUCCUAAGAUGCUGCACAGGAAAGACCGGGGCAAACCCACCGAGUCGUCCACCGAAGCCCGGAUCCAUGACUACGGUGAGCUGGAGGCUAAAGACCACAUACCUGGAGCUGAGGUUCUGGAGGUGGAGACUGAAAAGACUAAAGAAGGAGGAGAUGAUGAAGAUGGCUGGGAGAGUGUGAGCAUGAGUGAGGAAGAGGAUGAUGAUGGUGAAUGGGUGAAUGUGCACCACUCAUCUGAUGAAGAACAGGAAGAAGUGGCGGAGAAGCUGCAGAGCAUCCCUGCAGAAGAGCGGCAGGCUAAAGCGGCAGCGGUGAGCACCAGUCGUAUCCUGACGCAGGACGACUUCAAAAAGAUUCGCCUCGCUCAGAUGACCAAAGACAUGAACGCAGCACCAGGUAAAGGACAGAAGAGAAAGAACGAGGACGAGGAAACGGAGAGAGGCGAACUGCUCACACUGAGAGACAUCGAGCGUUUACACAAGAAACCCAAAUCUAACAAAGAGACCAGACUGGCCACAGCCAUGGCCGGCCGGACCGACAGAAAGGACUUUGUGAAGAAGAAGAACAAGCUGAACCCGUACGCUAGCACCAGCAACAAGGAGAAGAGGAAGAAGAAGAACUUCAUGAUGAUGAAGCAGAGCCGCGGCGUGCGGACCAAAGGCAAACGCUCCUUCAGAGAGAAACAGAUUGCUCUCAGAGACACACUUCUGAAGAAGAAGAAACACAAGUAACAUCCUCGGAAUCAGAAUCCUCUGUACAGAUCAUGGUCAUGUUUGAACUGUAAUAAAUCCAUUCUACAUUUAAA